GAGGAGCACUGGUGUUACAGGGCUUCAGCAGAGUGGAGGUGAGACAGAGCCGAUGCUAUCGCUGGAGGAGGGUCACGACGAGGAGGUGACGUCACUGCCGCCGCCGCGCGCCAAGGUGCGCCCCCACAGCACCGAGGGUGUGCUAGAGGACGACGUCUUCUCCGCAGAGAGGAGGCGCCACAUGUCGGCACCCGUCGUACCGCUGUCCCUGACUACUAAGGUGUACGACGUGCGCGACGUGCACGCAGCGAUACGCAGCCAGCGCGAACGUAACUGGCAGCUCUCGCGACUCAACUCUGAGAUGCAGCAAGAGCUGUCAGACAUCAUGGAGGAACGCAUCGCACUCGAAAUACAACUAGAACAUCUCAACCCCUUCCGCUUCUGACGAGAAAGGAGGAGGAGGAGGAGGAGGAGGAGGAGGGAGUGAACAUGUUUUUCUUAUGAUAAGUGGUAUGUGAAGAUGGUAUUGGCAGACGUGUAAUCAUGCGUGUGCCGACCUUCUAGUGUGCGUGUGUGCAUACGUGCGUCCAUGUAACGUGUUUGUGCAUGUGCGAACACGUGUGCGUGUGCGUGUGCGUGCAUACAUACAUACAUACAUGAGUGCAUUCCUAAAGUGUAUGCGCAUGUGCCUUGUGUGAGCGUGUUCACGUCGUGUAAAUUGAAUAAGUGAACUUCGAUGCAUUUCGUCACGCUUCUCAUUAGUUAAACCCGGUGACAGUCGUCGUUAGUCGAUGUCCAUCAUGGAAAUCCUGAAAUUCUGUGUGAUGUUAUCAGCAGUGUGCAACGCCGUUCGCUGAACUGCUAUGUGAGUAUCAGAUCUUAAUUUCAGUCUGCCAGACAUCGUAGAUAAGUUACAGCAUUUAAGGCAGGAAUUAAGUUACAUUUCAGUGUGCGCAAUGUAUAAGACAAACUUCCAGCAUGCUAUGCAGUUCAGCUACAUUGAGGUGUGCG